AUGAGUUCUGGGCGCAGAUCAUCAUCAUCAUCAUCGAAAAACAGAAGUGAUUCGCAUGUCUUUAGCAUCUCGAAUCUUCCAUGGAAGCCUUUUUGUCGCUGUGGAGACAUUGUUGUACUUCGAAGGGCAAGAAUUGUCAACAAUUAUGGAAAACUUUUUUGGGGUUGUCAACGUUUUAAGAGAUAUAGUAAUGAUGGUUGUGGAUUCUUUGAAUGGUUCUAUGAAGAAGUAAGAGAUGGAAAGGAACAAAUCAUGAUGAAGCAACAAAGUAAGAUAGAAGAACUAACUCAAGAGAUGGAGGAAGCCAAAAAUUAA